CUUAAUAAGAGUGAAAAUAGAUGGUUGCGUCCAGCAGAAGUUUUAAAAACAUUGAGCGAAGAAGAGAAAAAGCACCACGAAAUCAUUCGUAAAUUCCGUGGAAUCCUCAAUAAACUCACUCCACAGAAGUUCAGUACUCUGAUUCAACAAGUCCUAGAUCUGGAAAUUGAUACUCCUGAAAGACUAGAAGAGGUUAUUAAUAUAAUUUUUGAAAAGGCUAUAAGUGAACCCAGUUUUAGCGUAGCAUACGCUAACAUGUGUAGAUGUCUUGUGCCUACCAAUGUAAAAGUAGAAACCAAGGAUGGCAAAGACACAACUAUAACAUUCCGUAAAAUCCUGUUGAACAAAUGUCAGAAAGAAUUUGAGAAAGAAAAAUCUGACGAAAUGGAUAUUCACAAAAAAAUGGAGGAGCUUUUAAAGGAAGGGUUAUCAGAAGAAGAGUUGAAACUAAAAAAAGAUGAAUUAGCACUAGAGGAACAGAAAGGAAGAAGAAGAACUCUUGGAAACAUUAGAUUUAUUGGAGAGUUAUUUAAACUCAAGAUGCUUACAGAAAGUAUCAUGCAUGACUGUAUCAUUAAGCUGCUCAAAAGUAAUGAUGAAGAAUCAUACGAGUGUCUUUGCAAGCUCCUGUCAACUAUUGGGAAGGAUCUUGAUCAUCAAAAGGCUAAGCCAAGAAUGGACCAAUACUUUGAACAAAUGAAAAAAAUAAUCGAAAUGAAAAAGACGUCUUCAAGAUGUCGAUUCAUGCUACAGGAUGUGAUUGAGCUGCGAGCCAGUAACUGGGUACCUCGACGAGAUGACAACAAUCCAAAGACUAUUGAUCAAAUUCACAAAGAAGCAGCUGAAGAGGAAAGAAAAGUGAUGCUAUUAAUCCAAAACACAAAAAUGCCGCCUAACAAACGGGACAAUCCAGGAAAAGGUCGUGAUAGUCCCCGAUCUGUUAAUGAAGAAACAUGGACAACUGUACCAGGAAGACAGAGGAAUGUAAGUGUGGAUCCAAAGAAGUUCCAGGAUGUGAAGAAGCGCACAAAUGUAGACACAGAGAACAUCUCACUUGGCCCAGGAGGGCGUGGCUAUGGAGCAUGGUCACGUGGCAGUAGUGGUGGAUCAGGACCUGCUUCAGGACCAAGUACACCAACUGAGGAACCAAGAGGGAAUCGAUUUUCUGCUUUGGGAGGAGAAGGCAGAAGAGGUCCUGUUGCAUCAAGACAAGGUGCUGGCCGCCAAGAGCCUCGUAGCCAAGGAUCAACUGGAAGACGCCCAACAACUGAACGUGAAAAGGCAAUGGAAGCUGUGAGAAACAUUGUACAAACAAAGCAACCAGCCAAACCAGAUGAACAACAAACUGCUGAACCAGAAGAGGAAGAAGAGGAGAUAGAGGUAGAGCAAGAAACACGUCCACCUGCUGCGCCAUCACCUCCUACAAGUAAAGAACUAACAGCAGAGGAAGUAGAGGCUAAAGCAACUGGUCUUAUUGAUGAGUACCAUAACAUCAAAGACCUAGAGGAAGCAAUAAAUUGCGUUAAAGACAUUAACACUCCUGACAUGCUCUACAAGCUUGUGUACAUUGCUUUGAAUCAUUCUAUGGAGAAACAUUCAUCAGAAAGAGUACUUACAGCCAAGCUGAUGCAUGCGUUACUCAAGAAUAAAAUUAUUACAGAAGAAAGCUAUAUUAAAGGGUUAGAAGAAGUACUAGAAUUUGCUGAGGACAUGGAAAUUGACAUUCCUCACAUCUGGAAAUAUCUUGGAGAAAUUACAGGAACUACCAUUAUAGAUAAUGUAUUAUCCUUGACCAGUCUGAACAAGUCAAUAGAAAAACAUGUCAGAGACAAAGAAAAAGCUGCUAAAUUGAUGGCAGAAGUUUUAAUAUCUGCUCGCAGUAGAACGGAUCCUGCAGAAAUCGACCAGCUAUGGUCCCAAUCUGGACUUUCCUUCAGCAACUUCUUUCCUUCUAAAGAAGAGGAGUUGCAGUUCCUUAAGAGUAAUAAAUUAGAAUCAUUAGCUAGUGACUGCAAUAGCACAAGCUCACAAAGCUCAAAGCCACACGCAUCCAAGGUCCAAGAAGAACUUCGGAAUUUAAUUUUGGUUGAAAAAUGCAAUAAUGAAGACGUCUUCAAAUGGAUCGACGACAAUGUGAGUGACCCUAAGGAUCCAAAGUUUAUUCGUACCCUCGUGACUGUCGUUUGCGAAGGCUGCAAAAAAGAUGACGAUUCCUGUGAUAUAAUCUUUAAACAAAGAAGUCCUCUUUUACAGAAGUACAUUGACAAUAACAGGUCGUUGGAGCUACAAGCUCUAUUCUCUUUACAGGCAUUAUCAGUAAGCCUUGAUCAUCCACCGGGAUUUCUCAAGUCAUUCUUCAACGCACUCUACGAUGAGGAAAUAAUCUCAGAAGAUGCGUUUUUUGACUGGGAGAAGGACGACAGUCCAAGCGAAAGCCAAGGCAAGGGCACAGCAAAGUCUUCGACGGUACAUUUUUUCGAAUGGUUGAGAUCUGCCGAAGAAGAAAAACCAGGGGAAAGUUGAAUGGGAUGAAUAAAUGCAUGACAUACGUGCUUUUCCUCCCAGCAAAAUCCAAAUCAAUUCACAAUAGCUUGGCUUUGAGUCGAGUACCUGGAAAAAAGAUGUUGCCCUAAUCAUUGUCCAGGAAAAAAAGUGCCUCAUGCCAAGCUUUGAUAUUAGAAGACUUCGAAUAUCGGAGUUCACAAGACUUUGUUCCCAAGAGGACACAAUGCAACAUUCACAGAGAAUUAAAGAAAUAAUGUGAAUGAAAAAAUGAACAUGAAUUAGAAGAGCUUACAGAAUUUCCUGCGAAUCAAAUGUCUCGUCAUGUGAAUAAGAUAUUGAUGGUAGUAUUUUGCGUACGAACUUGUGAGCUGAUAUUGCAAAAAGUUGUUAAAGUGCAGUGAUUUAACAGAUCCCAGAGAUCGCAAUGAUAUAGUAAUAUGAAUCUGCACCUUUAGAUGGUUAGGAAGAUUCCCUAAAAAUGUGUCCCCUUCUAGUUAAAAUAAAACGUACAUGUAAAUGAAGGGGCCAAUCGAUUGAAAUUAAAGAUUCUACAAAGACAAA